AUGUCACCGGAACGUCUGACAGUACCACCUAGUGCUGGAGAUCGCAGCACAUCCUCGUCGCCUCUGUUGUCAGAAACACCAGCCGCUCGAUUGCACUACACACACACACCCCACGGCGACAUUCAGACUACUUAUCACACUCAGGACCCUGCAGCAGUUGCGGAGAUCGCGCUCGCAGUUCAACUGGAACGACUACGAGUCACGGAAGCGUUGGCAGCCCGCGACAAUGUGGUGGUACGUCUCGAGGACGCAUAUACCUCAGUCAGACAGAAAUCAGCUACCAUAUCUCGCCUGGAACGAGAACUCGACGUUCUCAGGCGUUCGUCGACCCCAUCGUUUUCGAAUACGAGCGCACUACAAGAGAGUCAAUGUUGCGAUUCUUCCACCGCUGUCGAAGGUGCGACCGACGUCAACAAGAGCAUCAAUCUUGAAAGACAUGUGAGAGAGAUGCACCCAACAACUUCUUCGUAUCUGCAUGUACGUUCGGAUUCGCCGUCCUCCUGGGUACGAAUCGCAACACCACCCAAAACUACUUGCUUUCUGGAGCGUCGCGUCGCGUGUACCUCGCGAUCAUCGGACAUGUUUUUUCCGACUGUAAAUGACGAUUCUAACGAACAGAUCACGUUGUCAUCACUUUCGUUGGAUGGUAGCGCCGAGAAGACCAUCGCUGCGCGGCAUUCGAUACUUGCUGCGUUACCUCUUCCGUCCGACAUCCCAGUAGAUGAACUGCAGCCCAUCGUGCUGCCACACUCAUAUUCAUUAGGCGACUUCCUCCGCAAUACCACGGGCACUUUAAAGAACUUGUGCGGAUACCUGAUCUUUCUUUCUAAUCCGUUCUCUAGUUUAGGCAGAACCUUCAGACUAGGGAAUUAUCGCAUUUUGACACAAGUCACGACGUACUGGUGUCCGGAUCGAGAGGAACACGGGUACUUUCUCACUCCGGUUUUCAAGUGUACCACCAAUCCGCGUGUCGUCACUGCUCAUCGGUGGUCGCCCGUUGACGUACUUGGUCACAUGCGAGAACCGACCGAAUGCUUUUAUCACAAGGACGGGAAGUGGUAUUAUGCUGGCACGUAUAAGGCGUUUCGCAUGGACGAUCUGACGACGCAAGAAUGGGAAUUGCUCUCGACCGAGACAACGCAAGCUAUAAUCAAGGAGACGCUCGCGGGCCGGAAGAACGUAUCGCCUCAAAACACGUACGAAGCAAGUCAACUGUAUGCGGCUGGAGCCCUGAAGGUUUCUUGCGUUGGACUGCAAUGCAUCGGAUUCAAUCAUGAGGUGUAUCACGCCGUCCUGGAACAAUCCAGAUUUGUACAUUGGACGCGCAGCUCUGGCCGAACCGCCUCGACCCCACCCACUAGUCGGCGCGAUGCAGGCAACAGUGAUGACGGCAAGUCUUCGAUUAAUUGA